UAGAAAUGUUUACCUGUGCAAAAAUCCGCCGUACUUUGUAUACGUAUAUAAGUCGACGACAUACUAGCAUAAUCUCUUCACUAGCCACCAGGACUGACACAGCUGUCGUUUUUAUUCUGAAGGACUAUUUUUCCGAAGGUUGUAUAAUUUAUAUAAAAUCUAGUCAUCAUGUAACGUUUCAUCGGAACUUACACAUGUUUGUAGAUUGGUACAUGUACAGAACUCUGAGUAAUUACUGACAAAAAUGCUUUGCAGUUACCAUUGAUUUCCAAACGUUGAAAGUCCACCAGGAAAAAUUAACUGAAUCUUGUAGGUUUAAUCAAAAUCCCAUUUCUUAAUUGAAGUUCAUAAUUUGAUCAGAAGUAUUGAAGGGACGUACCAAGAUACAUUUCAAGAAUGGGCUGUAUCGGAGAUUCUUCUAAACUAGCAUGUGUUGCACUUAUUGUGAUCAUCGUCAGUUUCGUAUGCGCAUGCGUGGCCAUCUUCACGCCGUUCUGGCAGCAGCUUGAGAGUAAUGGUAACAUCACCUACUCAGGCCUAAUCACUACCUGUCAGAACAGCGUCAGUGACUGCUUCACCAUCGACAACAUCCUCAGCACCUACCAGGGAACAG